AUGACCAAGCGUAGAGACCUAGAGGAGAAGCUUGCAGAAGUGGCCGAUACAAAGGAGGAGGUCUCAGAGAAACCAAAGUCUGCUCCGACUGCAGAGAAAUACGGCUGGAUUAAAAAAAGCAGUGGGGGGCUCCUGGGAUUGUGGAAGGAUCGUUAUAUCCAGCUACGGAAAACGCAGCUCGUCGUCUAUGAGGAUGAGGAUGAACAGAAGUGCAUAGAAACAGUGGAACUGGAGAGUUAUGACAAGUGCCAGGAACUGCGUGUGCUACUAAAAAAGAAAAACCGUUUCAUUUUAAUCCGCUCCCCGGGUAAGAAGGUUCAUGAUAUCAAAUUUCAAGCUCCAACUUUGGAAGAAAAGGAAUCGUGGAUAAAAGCUCUUAAUGAAGGGAUCAAUAGAGGCAAAAACAAAAUAUUUGAUGAGGUGAAAGUAGAUGAGAGCCUUUCCUUGGACCACGUAACUCGGGACAGAGUGAAAAUGACCCACGGACGCAGGCCACCCACGAGAAGUCACCUAAAGGAGGCUGCCAAGUCUACAUCAGAUGGUAUCCUGCGACUAGAUCUGGAUAUAGUAGACAACGGACCACCAAACUUCGAUUCCACUAUCAGUGAAAGUGACAAUGUGCCACCUCAGAAAGAAACUCCAAAGCCACCUAUGCCACCUACAAAACCCACUGGCACAAAAGAAAAACAAGAUGCAGAGAACAAUGUUCCUGACCAGGAAGAUAAAAAACCUCUGUCUCCUCCAUUACCUCCAGAUAAGAAGCUUAAGGAAGGCAUUGCAUCAAAGGACAAUGUAAAUGCCAAGGAAGAGGACUCUGUAAGCUUAGAGGAGAAAGUGGAAGGAUUCCAAGCACCAAGUGAGGAGAAAAGAGAGAACCUCAUUGAGGUCAGCAACAGGGGCAUAGCAAAAGCGCCAAUUCCUCUUCCUAAGAGCGUGCCAGACAAGCUAAAAGUCACUUGGGACCAACCAGUCCCUGAGCCUAAAAACACAGAAGACUUGAAAUCAUCAGGAGAUAGUAGCAAAGACAACCUUGCUGAGAUUGCUGCUGCAGAUGUUAUAAAGCCUCCUGUUCCUCCUAAGGUUCUGUCAGAAAAAAUGCUAGCCACAGUGAACUCCAGCCAUGGUGACCUGGAAGCCGGGAGCUGGGAAGAGCUGGAGCCUGGCAGCUCCAAGCCCCCAGUGAACGGGAUCGCAGCCAGCGAGGUAGCAGAGUCCACAUCCCCAACAGUUGAAACUGAAGAAGGAAAUGGGAGAACCUCUGCCGAAAAGGAACAGCAAACUUCAGCAGAAGAGACAGAGACUUCCUUAGCUACAGAAACAGGCCAUGAGAGUGUCAAAGCAGCUAUUGAGAAGAAAGAGUGUGUAGAAAGCACUUCAGGUCUCAAACUUCGCAGUUCUUCUCUGGGAGACCUGCUGUCUGAUUCCAAAAAUACACAGAGAGCACUUCCAGGCCAAUGUUUCCCCAAGGAUUCCCAUCAAUGCAUAGCUAAAAUGGAGGAGAAAGUUGCUAAUGAAAGGGAAAAGGCAGAAAAACUUCUGCAGAAGGUUUUACGUGAAGGGUUGGAACAGGCCCAGGAGGGGAAUGGACCCCCAGUGAUGGCAGAGACAUUGCUCAAUGAGGCAGUAGAACAACUUCGGCAAGCUACACAAGUUUUGCAAGAAAUUAAAGGUCUUGGAGAACUGAAAAAAGAAGCAACACAGAAACAGAAAGAAAAGCAAAAGGAUCUAGUGACUCUUUAUAGGAGAAGUGCUCCCUGACAUACUCUUCAAAGAGACUUCUUUCUCAAAAACAAAGCUAAACAUUUGCCAUUUAUGAUUUGUGCCAUUGCUAGGCCAGUGUUUAAAAGGUGGUGUUUUUCUGUGCACGCACCAUGUUUAUGGGACAGACUUGAGCUUUCAGUUAUGGCAUCUUUCUCUUUCUUCAUGCUGUACAUACCAGUCCGGUUCUAAUCCUCUUAGCACAGCAGAAGGUUACAGGACAUUGAAAGGUUUCAAAAAUGUGAAUGCUCUUUAAGGACUCUGUCCAAAGUCCUUUCAAUGGAUCAGGCCUUAAAAAUUACUGGUAAUCAAAGCAAGCCAGAUUUUUGAAAGGAGCAGAAUGGCUAUUCUAGCAAAAGCCCCUGUCUAUCUGUAUUUACAGACAAGCAGAUACCAGAUUGCACUGGCACCUAUCUUAGUUUUUCCAGUUAAAUCAUUUAAGGAUAAAUGUAGUCAGAGUUCAGUUGCUGGAAAGGUUUCCCAGACCACCUGACCCAGUGACAUCUAGGAAUGUAAAGAUAAAUGGUUUAAUCUUCUCCAAAGAUACUCAGAAAACCACAUCCACAGUUAAAAAGUGACCUCACACAGAGGCGAACAAAACUGGCCAACUCCUGACUACAAGUAGUGUCCUCAGAUCUGGAGCAGCUGUAGGAAGGCAUUCUUCUGAGUCUCGCUGUGCAGAGCUUUAGGUGUGCUAAGCACUGCAUAAGUGAAUGCAAAUCUCAGUGCAUCACUGCCAGGCAAGUAUUAAUUGUUCCAGUUUCGUUAAUAGGGAAAUUGAGGCAAAGAGCAGGUUACGCUUGGCCUUUGAAGGAGUGUCUUCCAGCAGCACAACACAUUUAUUAUUGAGGACCAUACCUAUCUAGUAACUCUGAAUCCCCUCAUCAUCGUUGGGAACAAUUAGCCAGGCAUUUGGAGAAGUUAUGUCCAGGAGAUCC